AUGGCUUGUGUGCACUCUCUCGUGUUGCUCCUGCUUGGUGUGGCGGUUCUCACCACUCCAGCACUAGCUAGUUCCAGGCUUUCACUUUUUGAGCCUUCACCAAUUAACAGUAUUGAAAAACCACUCACCACCACCACCACCACUCCUAUCAUGAAUAACUUGAAGCCAUCAUCAGUUUAUAGGCCCCCACCAAAAGUUAAACUUGAAAAACCACUUACCACCCCUCCUACGCUGACUAAUUUCAACACGACAUCGUUUUAUCCUCCCACAAAAGAUGAUCACAUUGGGAAACCACUCACCAACACUCAUGUUAACCCAUCAUCUGUUUCCACUCCUCCACCAGAUGAUGACACGGAACCACUCACUGUGACUCAUAUCAACCCAUCAUCUAUUUAUACGCCUCCAGAAACUAAUAUUGAGAAAGCACCAUCAUUUAAUAAUAAUCCCCCUUUACAAUAA